GUUUACUGAGUUCCCAUUUCAGUCCUUCAGGUACUGAGAUACCAACUACUCCAUGAAAAUUGCAAGAUACUUUUGUACCCAAAAAAAAAAUCAGUGAAAGACAACAAGAUGAAAGUCUACAUUUUUUCCAUGACGGUUGCUCUGGUUUCAGGUUUGAGGACUGCUGCUAAUGGGAUGGAGGAAAUAAAAAUUGGCAGUAAGAUGAAGGCCGAACCUGAGCAUGAAGUUUAUCAACACCAAGGUGCUUCCAGUGACUGCAGGCAUCACCCUUGUAGCAACGGUGGCACAUGUUUCCGUGAGUGUGACCAAUGUUCUCAUCGCUGCAUUUGUCCCGAACAAUUCAUGGGGGAAAACUGUGAAGUUGCAAAAUGUUUUGAAGAAACUCUCUAUGAAUAUUUUGAGAUUGGAGAAAGCUGGGCCACAAUCUACCAAGGCUUAGUGCAGGUGUGCACGUGUGUCAACAGCGCAACCAACUGCCAUCCGGAACUGUAUACAGGCUGCCCCUCCGACCCCUGCCUCCACGGCCGCUCUUGCAGGAGGACCCUCGGCUCGAACCGGACCGUCUGUGUCUGCAGCCACCCUUUUGGAGGCAGAUUCUGCAACCUGGUUCCUAAUCAAUCCUGCUAUCCUGGUCCUGGGACCAACUACAAGGGCCUUGCCAAGAAGACCGCUUCUGGAGACAAUUGUCUCCCAUGGAAUUCCGACCUCUUUCACUACGACCUUCAAGCAAACGUGGUGCAGCUGGGAUUGGGAUCCCAUUCGUACUGCCGAAGUCCAGAUGAGGACGAACAGCCAUGGUGCUAUUUCAUCCAGGAUGGCAGACUCUCUUGGGGAUACUGCAAUAUUUCAUCAUGUGAAAGCAGGCGCAGGAAGCCGCCCCCACCGCCAUCGCCCCCUCCAGAAGUCUUGGAUGACUUUGCUGCGGUCAAGAGGAUGUGCGGGAGGAGACACAAGAAGCAGAAAUUCGUAAGACCCAGGAUUGUAGGCGGAUCUUCUGCCUUGCCAGGAUCCCAUCCCUGGCUGGCCACCAUAAACAUUGGCAAAAACUUCUGUGCUGGAAGCCUUAUUCGCCCCUGCUGGGUGGUAACAUCAGCACACUGUUUUGCUAACAGCCCACUGACCUCAACUAUUCAAGUUGUUUUGGGACAACAUUUUUUUAAUAAAACAACAGACGUCACUCAAGAAUUUAAGGUACAGAAGUACGUCAUGCAUCCCGACUACACAGUGUUCAACCCAACUGAAAAUGAUAUUGUUUUAGUUAAACUCAAGAAAGCCAAACAACGUUGUGCAGCCAGAUCCCGAUUUGUUCAACCAAUAUGCCUGCCAGAAGCUUCAAUGUCUUUUCCAGAUCAUUACAAAUGCUACAUUGUUGGAUGGGGACACUUGUAUGAAAAUUCAUCCAGCUACUCUAAUGUGGUGCAAGAAGCAUUAAUUCCGAUUAUCCCGGAUUACAAGUGUCAAAACUCUGACGUUUAUGGAGCUGACAUCAGUGAAAAUAUGUUCUGUGCUGGUUACCUUGAUGGCAGGUCAGAUGCUUGCCAGGGCGAUUCAGGAGGCCCUCUGGCCUGUGAGCGGGACGGAGUAUUUUACCUCUACGGGAUCGUCAGCUGGGGUGAUGGCUGUGGCAAGGCCAUGAAGCCGGGUGUCUACACCAAAGUGACAAACUACGUCAACUGGAUUAACCAGGAGAUACAUCCGUGCCGAAAGGAUGAUUGUGGCUUCCUGUAGGGAUGGAUGGCCUUCAUGUG